ACAGGAGAAUAACCCAUGAUAUGCCGGUACAGGGGACGAGACUCGUAUCUGGUUGCUAUUUAAGUUCUUGGGUAGUCCUCUAAGAAGUUCAGUCUACCAGCCAAGCUCGUCCUUCGUUACCCUCCGAUCUCAAUCAGUCAUUCGUUCAAGACACUCGCUUACAAACAAAAUGCUCGCUCACUCAUUCCUCGCCAGCCUGGUUCUCGCAGCCGUGUCUCUCGCUAGUCCCCUAGCCCGUGCAGAAGGCUCAUGCUCCGACCCCGUCGUUCGCAAAGAAUGGCGCGAACUCACCAGCGCCGAAAAGACAGAAUAUCUCCGCGCUGCAGUCUGCCUUCGCAACCUCCCCAAAAAGGCAUACAAAGACGUUGACGACGUCACAACACGCAUGGAUGAUCUCGUCUACACCCAUUUCAGUCUCAACACAGAGAUCCACUUUGUCGCGAAUUUCCUCCCCUGGCACCGUUGGUAUGUGCAGCUUCAUGAGGACAUGCUCCGCGAUGAGUGCAAUUACAAGGGCGUUCAGCCAUACUGGGACUGGACCAUUGACGCUGAUAAGAACGACGUGGUCAACUCUCCUCUCUUCGACCCCAAGACUGGAUUUGGUGGUGAUGCAAAACUCACUGGCAGUGACGUUCCUGGCUUCAAGCGAUGUGUCGUCGAUGGACCUUUCGCCAACACGAAUCUUACUUUGGCUAUGGGAUGGCCUGACAUGAACACCCCGGGUAACCGUCUCCACUGCUUCACUCGCGAGUUCAACGGUGGUCUUGGCAAGGAUGAAGACGGCAACCAGAUUCUUGGGGAUAUGCAAGCUACUGCCUACAAUUCUCGGGUCAUGGAUACUAUCUACAGCUUUGACAACUAUCACUCCAUGUCCGAUAUGCUUGAGGGUUUGCCUCAUGCUCAGAUUCACAGCAUCAUUUUUGGUGACAUGGGUCCCGCCACCUCACCUAACGAGCCUCUCUUCUUCCUUCAUCACGCCAACGUCGACCGAGUCUGGGCUAAGUGGCAAGGUCGCAAUGCCACUCGUCUGACUGACUAUACUGGCUUCAACGAUCCAAACAAGUGGAACACUGCCCAGAUCACCGACAAAAUGCCUGUUAUGCGUCUGGCUGAUGAAGGGCCCGUUGUUAAGGACUACAUGGAUACCCGAGCUGGCCCUCUCUGCUAUACUUACUCAUCCAUGUAA